GAAAUUGCGCGUGCCAUUAAGGCCCGCCAAUCGGAGCGACCUCCUCACCGUCAGUCAGUGGCCGCGCGUUGUCCAUGUAACGUCGUUAUAUUUUUGGUUCGUGUCUAUUCUCCACGAUUCUUGGAUAAAUCCUAGAUCGCCUUGAUCUUUUCCUGUAUUUACGUGCAAAGAAACGAUGUGCAAACACAACGAUUCAGCAUUUGAUGUGCUUCAAUUAUGGGCCGAGAGAAACAACAUAGUCGAUGUUCGCGAAGGCUCACGCUGAUGAUAUCAUGAAGUUGAACUAUAAAGAGGAAGCAACAGCCUUCGAACGAUCUGUUUCUUUCGUCAGAGCCUAUCCGGAUCGAGGAUAAGCAACAACGGCAAAAUGUUGAUAAAAGAAUAUCGAAUACCGCUGCCUCUCACCGUCGAGGAAUAUAGAAUUGCUCAGCUUUAUAUGAUAGCGAAAAAAUCUAGAGAAGAAAGUCAAGGAGCAGGCAGCGGCGUAGAAAUUAUAACAAACGAGCCCUACAGUAAUGGUCCAGGUGGAAAUGGACAAUAUACUCAUAAGAUAUAUCACGUGGGUAGUCAUCUUCCAGAAUGGUUCAAGAGUUUGCUGCCCAGAUCCGCAUUAAUCGCCAAGGAAGAAGCAUGGAAUGCUUACCCCUAUACGAAAACCCGUUACACUUGUCCCUUUGUUGAAAAGUUCUCUAUUGAAAUAGAAACACACUAUUUUCCUGACAAUGGUUAUCAAGAGAACGUUUUCAAUCUUAGUGGUAGCGACUUGAGAAAUAGAAUCGUAGAUGUAAUUGACAUCGUAAAAGAUCAAUGCGACUAUGUGAAAGAUGAGGAUCCUAAAACAUAUGUGUCUCAAAAAACCGGCAGAGGACCUCUCACGGAAUCAUGGUUAGAAGAGUACUGGUCUGACGUAAAAGGAAAACAACAACCAACGCCAUCCGGAAAAUCGUUAAUGUGCGCGUACAAAUUGUGCCGUGUGGAGUUUCGAUAUUGGGGUGUUCAGACAAAAUUAGAAAAGUUUAUACACGAUAUAGCCUUGAGGAAAACUAUGGUCAGAGCUCACAGACAAGCUUGGGCUUGGCAAGACGAAUGGAAUGGCUUGACUAUGGAAGAUAUUCGGGAGAUUGAACGACAAACGCAACUGGCAUUGCAAAAGAGAAUGGCUAACGCAGAAGGUGGUGAAGAAACCACGAAUGACAAUCAAGACAGAACUGCUUCAAACACGACUCCACAAGAGUCAAACGUUGCCACAACAUUAGCUGCCACACUUGGAAGCAUCGAGAAAAACGAAGAUCCUCAAAGUCCUCCGAGUGCUAGAAAAUCGACUAAUAUACCUACAAAUACAGCUGGUAGUUCGGAGGGUGAAGUUAGCCCUGAAGAUUCACCUACCGAAGUACCCGAGCAUAGAAAUGCACCUACUGAAGAGAAAGCAGAUGCGAAAAAGGGGUGGAAGAAGAACAAGGCGGCGAUGAAUUCGCCGUGCUCGAACAAAAGUUUCGAUAUGCAAAUAGUGAAUUGGCGCAUGGAAAGUAUCGUGAGAGAAUCCGAAUCUGGUAGUGAAGAUGAGUUUUUUGAUUGUCAAGAGAACUUUGAAGAUAACACUUCAUUAUCUAAAUGGAGUUCUUUGGAUCUUCUAGCAGAAGAGGAGGACAAUACGUUCACUUCGCCUACCAUGACUAGCAAAGAAGAUGACACGAUUUUUUCUCCUUCGUACCUGCAACGUAUGGCUAGUGAACGUAGCAGUAAAAGAUUACAAAUCUCUACAUCAGCCAGCAUCGAUGCUUCGUGUCCAGCUUCACCUCAACAUUCGCCAACUCAUCAACCAUGCAAAACUACUGUCCUUCUUAUUGUGAUGCAUGCUGGAAGUGUACUAGAUGCAAACGUUGACCUAACGGCGAAGAAAUCGGAUAUUACAACUUUCAAAGGAGCCUUCGAAUCAGUUAUGAGACAACACUAUCCUAGUAUGGUCGGACACGUUGCCAUUAAAUUUGUUUCUUGUCCAUCCAUUUGCACCGAAGGUCUGGGUAUUUUAUCGAGCCUAAGUCCUUACAGUUUCGAUGUGUCGCCUUCGUCUAUGGAUGCUCCUCAAGUGACGCACGAUACUAUUCCGAUUGGCGCUAUACCUUUGCUUGCUAGUUCUACUCCUGAAUAUCAGGAUGCUGUCUCACGAGUUAUAAUCGGGGCAAAUCAAGUUUAUCAUGACUUUAUUAGAAGCGAAGAGGGUCGUGGUUUUAUGGGACAAAUUUGCUUUAUUGGAGAUUCAGUAGGAGCAAUUUUAACUUAUGACGCUUUGUGCAGAUCGGCUCACUCUAGACAUAAUAGCGAGAACAAUAUUUUGGAUAAUCAGGGCAUUGAGAAUAGUACGAACGCCGAAGAUGGUAAACACUUGACUGCACCUUCUCCUAGAAGGAAAUCUUCUAGUUUAAGUGAUGGCUCGCAUUGUAAACUGGAUUUCGAAGUAGGAGAAUUUUUCAUGUUCGGUAGUCCACUUGCUUUGGUACUGGCAUAUAGGAAAAUUUCCUCGGAUAAAACUAGUAAUAUAAAAAGACCGUUGGUAAACCAGGUGUAUAAUUUAUUCCAUCCUACUGAUCCUGUAGCAGCUAGAUUAGAACCGUUGAUUUCUGCGAAGUUUUCUCUUCUUCCGCCCGUAAAUAUAGCUCGGUAUCAAAAAUAUCCACUAGGAAAUGGACAGCCUUAUCAUCUGUUGGAAGCUAUUCAGUCAAAUCCACAAUUAUUUACUGAUGGAUUGAAUAUUCCAAAUGUGCAAAUGUCUCAUUUGAGACGAUUGUCCGAUAUAUCGAUUCACAGUACGAUGUCUGGAAUAGUUGAAAAUGUUCCUUUACAAGUAGUAUCUAAUUUAACGCAAAAAUGGUGGGGCACUAAGAGACUAGAUUACGCUCUCUAUUGUCCAGAGGGUUUAGCAAAUUUUCCCACAAACGCUUUACCUCAUCUUUUUCAUGCUAGCUAUUGGGAAUCGUCUGAUGUUAUUGCAUUUAUCUUACGACAAUUAGGCAGAUUUGAUUUGCCACUUCUCACUGAAGAGAAAGAAUUAACUUGCUUCCGUCCAGGUCAACCUAGAGAAAAAUGGAAUAAGAAACGUACUUCCGUUAAACUUAAGAACGUUGCUGCCAAUCAUAGAGCAAAUGACGUUAUCGUUAAAGAAGGAGUACCACAAGUGCUGGUUGCUAGGUUUAUGUACAGUCCAAUUGACGUUAUCGCUUUAACAGGCGAGAAAGUUGACAUUCACAUUAUGAAAGAUGCUCCAGCAGGGGAAUGGACAUAUUUGUCAACUGAAAUAACUGAUAAAAAUGGUAGAAUAACGUAUAAAAUACCUGAUGAUAAAGCAUUGGGAUAUGGACUUUAUCCAAUUAAAAUGAUUGUUAGGGGUGAUCAUACAUCCGUAGAUUUUUUCUUGACUGUGAUUCCACCAAAAACAGAAUGCGUGGUGUUUAGUAUAGAUGGCUCGUUUACUGCGAGUAUGUCAGUGAGUGGGAAAGAUCCGAAAGUUAGAGCUGGGGCUGUCGAUGUUGUCAGGCAUUGGCAAGAGUUAGGAUACUUAAUUAUAUAUAUUACUGCAAGACCUGAUAUGCAACAGCAAAAAGUUGUUUCUUGGUUGUCUCAACACAAUUUUCCUCAUGGUCUUGUGUCCUUUGCGGAUGGUCUUUCAACGGAUCCACUUGGUCAUAAAGCUGCGUACUUACAUAAAUUAGUACAGGAACAUGGUGUAAUAAUUCAUCACGCAUACGGCAGUAGUAAAGAUAUCAGUGUUUACACUGCGAUCAAUCUUAAGCCAAAUCAAAUUUUCAUCAUUGGAAAAGCGUCAAAGAAGCACCACUCUUUAGCAACAAUUCUUCACGAUGGUUAUGCUGCUCAUUUGAGUAUGCUACAGGCGCACGGAGGUUCGAGACCUGCUCAGGGUAAUGCACGUAUGGUGAUUCCAAGAGGUCAGUUCGGUUUACCCGGACAAAACGCUUCUCUACGGCGAAGAAGCUCUUUUAGGCUGGCGAAGCGUGCAGUGUCGCAACCAACUCCAAAUAAGAUGAUAUAUCCAUUGGAACGAUCAACGAGCGUCGGGCCUCCAAUUUCACAGCAGAGUCAGACCGCGUCAACCAUAAGAUCUACCGCGCCAGAAAAACUCUGACGAUUCGCACGCUGCCGGUCGUUCUUCGAGCCCCGGCAUUAGUUUAUAUGCAUUUAAGUGUAAAACUGUACGAGGAUAGUUCGAAGAGGAAGUCCUCGUAUAUUUCGACCGACACGUGCUCAACAAUCUAAAGAAGAUAAUUCUACUUUGUUACUCCGCCUUUUUAUAUCCUCUCUGUAUACCUAUUGUAAAUUUAAAAAAAGAAAAAAAAAAGAGAACGCCACUUGAUACGACGAAUAUCCAUGUUGUAUAAAGCGCGAGUAUUAACUGUAUAGAACUUCUCCCAUCCGGUGCGAAGAAGAACUUUCUAAACGAGAAAAAGAUUAUAGGUUUGAACGUACGAGGACUUUGUCUUUUUAUUCCUUUUAAUCGUUGUUGUAUCAUCUACUAUUUUAAAGCGCGAUGCGAUUGAUUUUUUUACCGGUUUACUACCAGAGCUUUUUUUUGUGAAACCAGCAUCUUUUGCAAAAUGCAAUCGAGCACGAUCAAAAUUUUUGAUAAUAUAGCUUGAGACACGAAUCUAGUUCCUAAAAGAAAUGUAGGUUGUCAUCUUAGAGUAGAGAAAAGUGAUUUCCUAGAGAAAAAAGUGCUGUCUUUUCUUUUAAUGUCUCUUUUUACUGUUUCAUUUCAAUCAGUUUCGCGGAAUCUUGUCGAUCUUCGAUCGAGUACUGAGAAAUGUAUCCGCGAACUGUGUGUAUGUACAAUCAUGUUUUAUCUAGUUGAAAUUAAUAUCAUUGCUCUAAUCGUAGUUCAUAAGAUAUAAAAUGGAAAAAAAAUAGGAGAGGAUAAAUCAAGAAUCUUCUUCGUUGUUACCGAGGGAAAGUCGAUAUUAAUCAUAACACUGAUCGUUAGAGAUAAACUAACUUGUAAGUAUUCUGUUAUUAUAGUAAUUUUAAUCAUUGCCAAGAGUUAUAGAUAUACUAACAAUACACGCGUAAUGUUGCGCCCAAGUUCCUUCGGUGCUAUGUUAUUUUCAACUAUUCAUAUCGAUUUGUAAGAACAGAAAGAAAAGGAAAAAUGCAAUCGAUUGCGAAAUAUAUUAAAAAAAAAAAAAAAAAGAGAGGAAAAAAUACGAAAAAAAAUUGACAAAGAAACACAAACACAUGUUUUGUAUGUUGUCUAUCAAGAAGAAUCGAGAAUAUGAAUGGUAUUCUCCGAUAAACGUUGGUACAAAAGACAAUUGCUAUAGUUCCAUGUCGACGUAGUCAGCGGUAUUUGUAAAUACGUCAAAGUGUACAUAAAUAAGUAUCGCUACAAAAUGUUCAUGGAUAAAAAUGUUUAGAUUAUGUGCAAAUAUUAAUUUAUCAAAUAGAAAAUUCUACGAACUUCGUCAGCGACAGUAUUGUCAUACAUGAUAAUAAAGAUAUAAUAGUUUCUUCGACGAGAAUGACACAGCUCGAUGACGAAGAACGUAGACGUUAGUUAUCAAAUAUGUUCUCGAAGUGUGCGCUUAAAUAUUUGUAAUUAGACAAAUAAUUAUCGUGUCCGUUUUUGGGAAAAAAUGUAUUUAAUUUUGUAAUCGAUAACAAAUCGAAGUAUCGUAUCGCUUAAUAUGUUGUUACGAUAAUUGCUGCGAGUUAGUUAAUAGAAAAAUCAGUGAAUUGGUACAAGCAAUGAUGUUUAAAACAAAGCAUAGAUCGAACAGUGAUGCGGCUCGAUUCUCUGAAUCUUAUAUCAUAUUAGAUAAUGAAUCAUUCUUUUUUUUUUUUUUUUUUUUAAUGAAUGGUUUAACAUCAGACAAAAUUAAAGGAAAUUAAACUCAUUGUUGUACCAUCAUUGUUCCUUGACUGUUUCAGUAGUAGUUAGUCAAAGAUCUGCCAUUGAUCUAGUCCUGAUAUUAAUCCAUGUGUAUUAUUCAGUGCUGUCUUCACCAUAAAAGUGAAGAAAAUCAAUUAAUAAUUUAACUGAAGUAUCGACUGUUUGUAAAGAGGCACGAAUAUAUAAUUCUGUUAUGAAUAUACCAUAUAGAUAUAAAACUAUACUUAUAUAUAAACAGAGUGUACAUGUAUACAUACGUCUGUAUAUAUAACUGUGUAUAUGUGUAUAUAGGGUGUUUCAGAAGUGUGUAACUUUCUGGAUCGUCGACGAACUGUUAGAGGUUAUUACAGAGAGAUCUUAUAUAUCAUUAUACAUAUAUAUAUUUAUCCUAGAUUCGAUUAUGGAUCUCUUUCAAUGGACCUCCAUCGUUUUUUGCAUUGUUAGUUCAAUACUAACGAAAUUUUAGAGAUUGUUUUACGAAUGUUGAGAAUGUUACUUAUUUUCAGAAGCAGAAUAUAAGUCGUGUCUGACUAUUGGUAAAGUUAUUCGCGAAAUGCCCUUUAUAUAUAUAUGUAUACGAUGAUAUAAAUGUUUAAGGUUUUUAAGUGUAUAUGACUGCAAAUGGAUAUUUUACUUAUAUAUGAAUGAAUUAUUGUCACUGGUAACAAGAAUUAUAUUUUUUUUAGCAUAACUAAAAUGACACUGUUGUAAGAACUAAUCAAGACUCACUGUUUUAUAUUACGCGACCUUGCUCUGAUUGUAAUAAUUAUUUCAUAUACCGUUGGUUCAUGAUUUUUUUUAAUCAAUUUCAGCGAGAAACGACCUCAACUUCAGAUAGAAUGUCUGGCCGAUAAAAUUGUAUUCCACUUUCGUAAUUGGAUAUUACAAUAAAUUAUCAAUCAUUGUCGU